CGGCUGUGUGGGCGCUGAGCUGCUGGCCAGGGUCAGCCCACCACAGGGGACCAGGCUGGGCUUUCUGCCCUGUCUGCUACGGCUCCUCUGACCCCAGGCUGUCCCCAGAGGACCACGAGUGGCUGCUGAGUGAAGAGGUCGACAUUCUGCCCUUCCUUCUCCUGCCUCUCGCAGGCCCUGAGGAAUUUCCUGAGGAUGAGAUGGAAAGGCUGCCCGUGGACCUGCAGUACCUGCCGCAGGACAAGCAGCGGGAGGAAGAACCCGAUAUCCGGAAGAUGCUGCUGGAAGCCAUCAUGCUGCUGACAGCCACCAAGGCUGGCCGGCACGUCGUGAGGGAGAAGGGGACGUACCUGAUCCUGCGGGAGCUGCACCGCUGGGAGCGGGAGCCCGAGGUGCUGGCUGCCUGCGAGAAGCUCAUUCAGGUGCUGAUCGGGGACGAGCCUGGCCCGGGGAUGGAGAACCUGCUGGAGGUGAGCGUCCCCGAGGAGGUGGAGGAGCAGCUGCGACGCCUGGAUCGGGAGGAGGAAGACCGCUGGCGGCGGGAACGGGAGGAGGAGGAGGAGGAGGAGGAGGAGCAGCACGAGGCGCAGGGGUCACAAAAAGACGCGGAGGGGAGCAGAACCCCGGGAUGCGCUCCCUCCGGCUCCGACCUCUAUAGGGACGCUCUCGGGGACCGAUGGAAGCGCAGCGCCUGCUGCCUGCCGGCCUCUCGGAAGCAGAGCUCGGGCAGGCGCUUACCUGCCUGCAAGGAACUGGUGUUUCACCAUCCCCACGGCUGCCGAAGAGCAUCUCCUCCGCCUCGCUGCGCCCAGCGUUGGCUUUCUGACCCCGACCAGAACCUCAGUCUUCUCCCCGCAAGUAAAGGCAGCGUGUAA